AUGCAGUCGCUCCUUCCAUAUGAGUCUCUGUGGCCCGCCAAGCCCCAGAGCAAACGGACUGGUCUCCUAGACAACAACACUGAGACUUUACUUGCCUCUCCGCUUCUCCUCCUCCUCGCACUACUUACUGUCGCCGACACUCAGUAUGCGCCUCCCACACUCACAGCCACUCGCCACAGGCGGCUCAGCACCACCUACGCACUCACCGAAGAUAGAGGCCUCCUUAUGAUCGAGACUCACCCGAAGAGCUUCAGAGGGCAUCGACUCUAUGAGCACUGGGUCGAAUCUAACCGGCUCAAAUACGUCUGUCGCCAGCUCUACGACGAAACCAAGGGCCUAGGUCUGAGACUGAACGACCUGGCUUUUCAGUCUGACCGGCAAAUCGCAGACUUCCAUACAUUCGUUACUACGUGCUCGUGGAGUCAGCAGCAAUGCAUUCGUCAAGUCACACUAUGCGACGAAUAUUCGAGUUCCUCGGGAUGGGUGAGCUCAUGGAACAAGGGAGUCGAGAUAUUGGCGCCAUAUGUCGCAUUUUGGCCCGGUAUCAAGUUUCACUUAUAUGUCGGCUCUCUCGGCGAAAUCGAAUCCGCCGAUAUGUGGCUUAUGAAGGCUGCCGGCCUCCUGUACGCCAGACACAUGCACGAGAACCAUGCUGUUCUCUCUCCGUUCAUGCGCCGGAUGGCCGUUCGUCUUGGCUCUGAUCGAGAGGAGCCAAUCCCGAGUCAUAUCCGCAUAUUCCCUGGUACAGGGCCUGGCGAUCUUGUCCAACCUGUCUUCAGUGAGGAAGACAUACAGAGACAUGGCGGAGAGCAGAUCAAGCUCUGCAUCAAGGAGAUUGAAAAGUGGCAGCGAGAGGGUGUCUAG